AGAUUCUUGCUGAAAACUGUUGAUCCAACUUUUUGAACACCAUGAAUAACAACGUGUCUUCAAAACCAUCCACAAUGAAGCUAAAACAGACUAUCAACCCCAUCCUUUUAUAUCUCAUACAUUUUGUAAUAUCACUUUAUACUAUUUUAACAUACAUUCCAUUUUAUUUCUUGUCUACAUCAAGACAAGAAAAAUCGAACCAAGUUAAAGCAAAGCCUGUAAAUUCAAAACCGGAGUCAGCUUACAGAUCGGUGAACUGUUUGAACGGUUUGGCUUCAGUCUUGUAUCCUGGAUGCGAUACUCUGGACAAGGUGUUUACGCAUGCCAAAAACAAAUUUAAGAACAAAAGACUUUUGGGAACACGAGAAAUUUUAAACGAGGAAGAUGAAGUGCAGCCAAAUGGGAAAAUUUUUAAGAAGGUUAUCCUUGGACGCUAUAACUGGCUCUCCUACGAAGAUGUCUUCGUUCGAGCCUUUAAUUUUGGAAGUGGCUUACAGGUGUUGGGUCAGAAGCCCAAGACCAACAUUGCGAUCUUCUGUGAGACCCGAGCUGAGUGGAUGAUCGCUGCCCAGGCCUGCUUUAUGUAUAAUUUUCAGCUUGUUACAUUAUAUGCUACUUUGGGAGGCCCCGCGAUUGUGCACGGAUUAAACGAAACAGAGGUGACCAACAUCAUUACUAGUAAAGAACUCUUGCAGACAAAGUUGAAGGAUAUCGUUUCUUCAGUCCCGCGUCUGCGACACAUCAUCACGGUCGAUGGCAAGCCCCCCAGCUGGUCCGAGUUCCCCAAGGGCGUCAUAGUCCACACCAUGGCAGCGGUGCAGGCUCUGGGCGCCAAGGCUAGUGGUGAAAACAAACCUCUUAGCAAGCCGCUGCCCACGGACAUCGCAGUAAUUAUGUACACAAGUGGAUCCACGGGACUUCCAAAGGGCGUCAUGAUCUCUCACAGCAACAUCAUUGCUGGGAUUACUGGGAUGGCGGAGCGCAUUCCAGGGCUGGGAGAGGAAGAUGUGUAUGUCGGGUAUUUGCCCCUGGCUCACGUUCUGGAACUAAGUGCUGAGCUUGUUUGUCUUUCUCAUGGAUGCUGCAUUGGCUACUCCUCACCACAGACGUUAGCGGAUCAGUCUUCAAAAAUAAAGAAAGGGAGCAAAGGGGACACAACUGUGUUGAGACCGACACUCAUGGCGGCUGUUCCGGAAAUCAUGGAUCGGAUCUACAAAAAUGUCAUGAAUAAAGUCAAUGAAAUGAGUAGUUUUCAGCGCAAUCUAUUUAUUUUGGCCUAUAAUUAUAAAAUGGAGCAGAUUUCAAAAGGGCACAGCACUCCACUGUGUGAUAGGUUCGUUUUCCAGAAAGUACGGAGCUUAAUCGGAGGGAAUAUUCGGCUCCUGUUAAGUGGUGGUGCUCCGCUCUCUGCCACCACCCAGCGGUUCAUGAACAUCUGUUUUUGCUGUCCUGUGGGGCAGGGCUAUGGCCUUACCGAGUCCUCUGGGGCUGGGACGAUUACAGAAGUGUGGGACUAUAAUACCGGCAGAGUGGGAGCGCCAUUAGUUUGCUGUGAAAUCAAGUUAAAGAACUGGGAAGAAGGUGGUUACUUUAAUACCGACAAACCACACCCCAGAGGUGAAAUUCUCAUCGGUGGCCAAAACGUGACGAUGGGAUACUACAAAAAUGAAGCAAAAACCAAAGCAGAUUUCUUUGAAGAUGAAAACGGGCAGAGGUGGCUGUGCACUGGAGAUAUUGGGGAGUUUGACCCUGAUGGCUGUUUAAAGAUUAUUGAUCGUAAAAAGGACCUUGUAAAACUUCAGGCAGGAGAGUAUGUUUCUCUUGGGAAAGUGGAAGCCGCUUUGAAGAAUCUCCCACUAAUAGAUAACAUUUGUGCAUAUGCAAACAGCUAUCAUUCUUAUGUCAUUGGAUUCGUGGUGCCAAAUCAAAAGGAACUAACGGACCUAGCUCGAAAGAAAGGACUGAAAGGAACUUGGGAAGAGCUGUGUAACAGCUGUGAAAUGGAAAACGAAGUACUUAAAGUGCUUUCGGAAGCUGCCAUAUCAGCAAGUCUGGAAAAGUUUGAAAUUCCAGUAAAGAUUCGUUUGAGCCCUGAACCAUGGACCCCUGAAACUGGUCUAGUGACAGAUGCCUUCAAGCUAAAACGCAAAGAGCUUAAAACACAUUACCAGGCGGACAUUGAACGAAUGUAUGGAAGGAAAUGAUUCUCUUUCUGCAUCAGUUUGCUGCAGUGAGCAGAGAUCAAAUAGGAAAAUACUUGAAAUGCAUGUCUCAAACUGUGAGGCGAACUCCAUUCCUCAUAUUCAACCUAAACUGUUGUUUCUCGUGACAUCACCAUUUUUACCUGACAGGAUUAGUAAAAUAUUAAGACAGCAAACUUGUGUCUGUCUCUUUCUUGUUCUGCAGUUCGCUUCCCACCUGUAACUGCACUUGGCAGUCACUGUGUGGAUUGUCCUGAAUCAUUGGGGAAGCUGUCAUUUUAAAACCUCACGUUUUUAAACAUGAUUUAUAUGUUCUGUAUAAUGUUUAGUUUGUAACUUUUUAAAGUUUGGAUGUAUAGAGGGAUAAAUAGGAAAUAUAAGAAUUGGGUUUUGGGGACUUUUUUACUUAACAGUAUUUAAAAAUACAAAGAUAUUGAUGUGAAAUUAUGUAAAUUUCAAAUGCCUGUGAAUCAAAUCAUUGUUGAACAAAAGGAUUUGUUGCUGUUGUAAUUAUUGUCUUGUAUGCAUUUGAGAGAAAUAAAUAUAUCCUACUUAUGUUUUGAAAA